CUGGACUUUUGGUUUCCUUCCAUCAGAAACAAGACUCGCAACCAUGCAAAAUAUCAAGUGCACCAUUGUCGGUGAUGGCAGCGUUGGCAAGUCUUGCUUGGCCAUUUCGUACACGACCAACGCCUUCCCUGGCGAGUAUGUUCCCACGGUGUUUGACAACUACUCGGCCAACGUCAUGUGCGACGGCCGCCCAGUCAAUCUCUCGCUUUGGGACACGGCGGGACAGGAAGACUACGACCGACUUCGCCCGCUGUCCUAUCCGCAAACCGACGUGUUUUUGGUCUGCUUUUCCGUGAUUUCUCGCUCGUCGUUUGAAAACAUUGCAGCGAAAUGGGUGCCCGAGCUCAACCACCACGCUCCCGGCACCAUCCUCGUGCUUGUUGGCACGAAAGGCGAUUUGCGAGAUGACACCGACACUCGAGCUCGCCUUGCGGCGCGUGGAACGAGCGUUGUGUCGAUUGCCGAAGCGCAGGCCAUGGCGCGCAGCGUUGGUGCCAACGCCUACGUUGAGGUCAGCGCUCUCACCCAAGCCAACGUCAAGCAACUGUUCGAUCAGGUCAUUCGCGCCACCCUGAGUCCCACCAGGUCCAAGCGCAAGAACGUCAAGACGAUCGUGGGACGAAGCGGCGAGCGAAUUGAGAUUCCGCUGCCUCCUCCGCUGCCCAAAGGUGUGCCGGCGCCGUGGAUUAACGUGUCCACGUCCACGAUUGCAGAAGACAUGCGCAAGCUGUUGAACUCUCCAUAUGCGGCUGAUGUGAGCAUUCAAUGCGGCGCGACAACCUUUCAUGCGCAUCGCAUCGUGCUGGCGUCAGCCUCUCGUUUCUUCCGGCGUCUGUUCCACAUUGCGCACACCGACACCGAUCCUCGCAACUUUCUCGAUCAUGCGCGUGUCAACUCGCGCCAGAUCUCAGGCCUCGAAGGCAUUGAAGUCAGCGGCAUGCCGCCCGCGUACGACGAGAGCGAUGCGAAGCCUGGAUUUGCCCCAGCUCGUCCGGCACCUGCGCCGCCGGCAGGCACCUCUCGCGGCAUGACGCUGGCCGAGGCAAAUGCCGCGAGUGCUGCUCUGUCUCCAAGUGCAGUUCAAGCAUUCAACGCAUCGUCCAGCAUCAACGCGCUUGGCACGCAUGUCACGAUUCGCGUGGCAGCCUCAGCCGUGUCUGCACCUGUCAUGCUCAAGGUUCUCGAGUUCUUGUACACCGGCUUGGCAUCCUUUGACGACAAGAACGACCACGUGCGAGAGACGUCGACUGCUUCCUCGUUGUUUGAUCUUGGCGAGCUUUCCACCAUUUGCCAAAACGUGCUCGAAGACGAUCAAGAGCUCAAUCCCAGCAUUGGCACUUGGCUCAAUGACCAAACGGGCCAGGUCAUGAACCAGCUCUUCCUCAACAACAAACUGCUGGCCGAUGCCCAGUUCCAGUUUGCAGACGGUCGCACCAUGUACGUGCACAAGGCCAUGCUGGCAGCUCGAUGCCCAUUGUUGGACGUGCUUGGCCACGACAGCAAUCCCACAGCGCUCCAGACGAUUCGCCUGUACGAACAGGAAGAGGUGCUUGAUGUCUUGCGGCCCUUCAUGGAAUUCUUGUACUCGGACCACGCUACGAUCGACACACGCACCGCCAACCCGGCCACCUUGCUCAUCAUUGCCGAUCGGUACGAAGUCAAGCGCCUGGUCACAUACUGCGAGCUGCACGUCUCCAAGGCGAUUGAACGAGAGACUGCUAGCCGGGUUGCCAAGGCCGAGAUCGAUGUCAUCGGACUGAUGGGGGUGGCGCGCAAGUGCGACGCCGAGCAGCUGGUUGCGUUCUGCAAACACUUUAUCUGCACCAACUAUUCGGCCAUGUGCAAGCGUCCCGAGUACCGUUUGCUCGAUGCUGGCACGCGCACGUACUUGUACAAUCAGCAAUGGCCUCCGCUGAGCUAUCUGGCUCAGGUGGAGGAGUACGAGGCUCGUGUUGCCGAACUGACCAAGAUGAGCAAAACCAAGGCUGCCCGCGCCAGCAAGGCCCCCUCUUCCUCGUUCUCUGUCGCGCCUGAAGGGAUUGCAGUUGGUGCAGAUGAAGGUGUCGCUGGAUCUCGUUGUUGCAUGAUGUAGGCAGUCGGAAUGUCAAUUGUACAAAAGUUGUAAAAUGUGAAAACAAAAAACACUGGUUUGUUUGAAGGAUACAGUGUUUCCC